AUGGGUGAAAGGAAUAAAGGUGACUUCAUUCCGUGGCUUGCUUUCUUGGAUAUGCAAGAGCAUAUCAAGAGAAUGAAGGCUACAGCCAAGAAGAUGGAUGUGUUUAUGCAGCAUGUGUUAGAGGAGCAUUAUGCUAGGAGAAAAGGGGUGAAGGAAUAUGAGCCUAGGGAUAUGUUGAAUAUCCUUGUGCAGGUAGCUGAGAAUCCCAAUCUUGAGGUAAAGCUUGAUAGAAUUGGAGUCAAGGCAUUUACACAGGUUAUUCAAACAAGUGUGGCAAAUCUUUUGCAAGGAUUUAAAUGGAAACUACCUGGUAAGAUGACAACAGAGGACUUGAAUAUGGAGGAAAUUUUUGGGCUUUCUGUACCCAGAAAAGUCCCACUUGUUGCUGUUGUUGAGCCUCGACUUCCAUCGGAACUUUAUUCCCUAUGA